AUGUUGCAAGAUCCUGAAAGUGUUUAUGAUAUUUUGUCACCAUUCCUCCUUAGAUGUUGUCGUGGAAAUGUGGGUUAAAAUUACAAUUUAAAUUUUUUAAAACCUGUUGUAAAAAGGUGAAACAUAACUUAUCCUACUUUAUUCUACCCUACCCUGUUCUGCUCCACCCUACCUCAGUUUACUCUGUUCUCCCUGUCUUUCCCUACUCAACAAUAAAAAAUAAUUUUAAAAAAUUUUUGAUACCUAAACUAAGAAAUACCAAACGUUGCAAAAUCUCCCCCUUUUAAGCGUAGAGAAGGGUAGGGUAAGGUACGUUAAGGUAGGGUAGAACAGAGUAACUCAGGUUAAGUUAACUUAAAGUGUUAAGUUAGAGUACGUUAAAAUAGAGUAUAAAAGUAACGUGAAUUUUUAGGUUUACAAAUUGGAUCCUUUUAGUGGAAUAUGGAAUCGCGCCGCUUCUUCUGUCCAAAGGCCUCGUUGUACUUUACCAAAAGACAUUGCUCCAAACUUCAUAGUCUACGAAGCAUCUGUUGUCGCUAAAGCUGAUUUAAAACGGGCUAGAAAGGUUGUUAGCACGUCGCAGAACGUUGGUAUUAAUCAAGGGAAGGAAAAACGACCUUUGUAUAAUAAAAACACGAAAAUCUACGUUGAUAAACAAGAAGGAUUGGCAACUAACGACGGUGAACAACAAAGUUUAGUGUUAACAGAAAGAGACAAUCGUGAUUCGUAUCCAGAUGAAAAACAAGAUCGCUGGAUAACAUAUAAAUGUUCUUUUUCGGAAGAAAAAUCAAGAAGUAAGUGGAAGUGGCAGGUUGGGGCAGGGUAGAGUAAGAUAUGGUAAGAUAGGGAUGAGUAACAGGCCGGGCUCACUUUUUAAACCGGGUAGCCUAACAUCCAAGUCCAGCCCGUUUUGACUUUAGUUCAGGGUUGGGUUAGACUCAAUCGUGGGGCCGGGUAGGGUAAGGCAGGGCAGUGCAGGGUAAGAAGAGUGAAGUUAGGGUGAAAUAUAGAGCAGGGCCGAGCAAGACAGUACAAUAAUAGGGCAGGGUACAGAAGGACAUGGGUAAAGCAAAGGUAGGGUAGGGUAGAAUAAGGUAGGGUAGGGUCAAGUAAGAUAGGUAGGGUACGUAAAACUUGCCAUUAUUUUUUUUUAGACAAAAUUACAGUACGCAAUUAUACAACAAUAUGUCGAGAAAAACACCCCUUAGUGGAGCUUAGCCAUUUAUUAAUUUUCCAAGACAGAAAGUACUAUGGAGAGGGUGCUGCUGAAUACUUCAAACCACUCAUCCACAAUUGGUGUCAGAUCGAAAAACGCAGAAGUUGUAAUUAG